GAUGCUCAUAUGAGAAAAUCGACAAAAUCUUUUGUCAAUGAGGCAGCUCAACAAGAUUAUGAAAAAAUGGCGGCUGAGGUUGAGAGGUCACAGAAUGAGAGGCAAAGUCAACAGCAGAGUGAGGCAUCUCUAAAUGUAUCUGGUGUUGAUUCGUCCCUGGUCGAUCAAUACGAGAUACUAAGUAAAGUACUCGGGGAGAGAUCUGACUACCAAAGAGGAGUGGGUUAUAGGGCGAAAGGGAAGGCAAAAAAGACAUCCUCUAGCUCUACAGAUCAAAGUCAGUCCCAAGCAAAUACUGCUGCUUCGCCUAAUGAAGAUAUGAGAGUUAUGGCUUUGCUGGUGAAGGCAAUUCGUGAGACGUUUGAGACUUCGACAACUGUGCAUCCCAGUAAACUGUAUAACCCAAUGUUUGACAGUUUUCUGCAGAGGCAUUUGCCACCACAAUCCGAAGGUGCUUCGUCUUCUCAGUCUCCAUCACAGCAGUAUCAGCCUCCUUCACAGCAGUAUCAGCCUCCUUCACAUCAGCAGUAUCAGACUCCUUCACAGCAGCAGUUCCAGCCUCCUUCACAAACAUACAAUUUUGUUGAUUCAUUCAAUGAAUGCUUCAAUGGUGGUAUCAAUGGUCAUGGUACUUCAAUCCAAAGGGAUGAUCAUGGGUAG